CUGAGUAACUGAGCGGCUGUACGGUAGCAGUUGUUUAGCGCCGAAAUCCCUGAAAUAUGAGUAAAAUGUUAGCUUUUUUCACGUUGACAGUAACGCUGUUUGGCGUGGAGGUGUUCGGCCUGCCGUACACUUAUACUCAGUCAAGAAAACAUCAUGGAUUUAAGGCCGAACCCCAGUUCAAAGAGAAGUACUUCAGCCAGACUCUGGACCACUUCAACUUUAACAGCAUGGGGAACGGGACAUUCAGUCAGCGUUACCUGAUCACAGACAAAUACUGGAAGAAAGGCUACGGUCCUAUUUUCUUCUACACUGGCAAUGAGGGAAACGUCUGGGAGUUUGCUCUCAACUCUGGUUUCAUCACAGAGUUGGCCGCUCAGCAGAGCGCCCUGGUCAUAUUUGCUGAACAUAGGUACUACGGCAAAUCUCUGCCGUUUGGCGAAGACUCCUUCAGCAUCCCUCAGAUCGGCCUGCUGACAGUGGAGCAAGCCCUCGCUGACUAUGCUGUCAUGAUCACUGAGCUGAAACAGCAGCUGGCAGCCACAGACUGUCCUGUCAUUGUGUUCGGUGGCAGACUGAAGGUGCUACUUUAUUUUCAGGUGGCCUGUGAGACCAUGCUGAGCGGACCUGACCUGCUCACUAACCUCAGGGACACUGCAGGGAUUGUGUACAACGCUACGCAGAUGCUGACCUGUUUUGACCUGUACAGUCUGUAUUUGGAGUGUGCUGACCCUACUGGCUGUGGACUGGGCUUCGACAGUAUGGCCUGGGACUAUCAGGCAUGCACAGAGAUCAAUCUGUGCUAUGAGAGCAACAAUGUGACGGACAUGUUUCCUCCCAUGGCCUUCACUGAGAGAGACCGCGAGCUUUACUGCUCCAAACGCUGGGCUGUGGUUCCACGACCAGACUGGCUCAAAACCCAGUUCUGGGGAGACGCUCUCUCCACAGCCAGCAACAUUAUUUUCUCCAAUGGAGAUCUGGACCCAUGGGCAAAUGGAGGGGUGCGCAAGUCACUGAGUUCAUCAUUGAUAGCUGUCAACAUUUCUGGAGGAGCCCAUCAUCUGGAUCUGAGGGGAUCUAAUGAUGCUGAUCCAGAGUCAGUGAUCAGUGCCAGGAAGACAGAAGCAGACCUCAUCGCACAGUGGGUGAAGAUGGAGCAGACAAAAUUACGACAGCGUCUUUAAAGCACCGGUACGGUGUGUGUCAGGACUGGAGUUCAGCAGGUUCACUUUAAAGUUGUACAUUAAAUACUGGAGUCAGUCCACCUGUAUGUCCCAGCUCUGCUCUGCAUACCAGAGGGUUUCAGUUUGUAUAAAUAUGUAGCAUCACACUCUAUAGAAGAGCCAACAUUGAGUGAAUUUAGAAGAAUAGUACAUCAUUGAAAAUAGGUCUUUUUUAAGUGAAGUUGUAUGAAGUAUUUAUCCACAUUCAGUGUAUUCCCUUUAGUGCAUGGUGGUCAACAUGCACACAGUUUGGAGAAGCAGACAGAGGUGCUGAAACAGAAGCUCAGUAAUGUACUGCAGUUUCUAAAUUUGCCACUUAAAAAAAUCAAAAUCAUUCUGGUGGAAGCUGUACUUUCACAGCUUAAUUUUCUUUGAGAAAGCCUUUUCUUUUGGCACUACUUUUUUUUCAGCUGUGAAACUUUAGUAUUCCUACGCAUUAACACAGCUGCAUUGUGCACAGUAAUAUGCCACUGGUCACUUUUGGGUUAAACUUUCUGCAGUUUAUGGAAGAUCACAAAAGGCAGCUCAGUGUGGAGAUUCCUUUAUGAACUAGAGUAUAGAAAAGAAGAACCUUUGCAGAGGGAGACCAAAUGAACUGAAAGAGAGAUGUGUAGGAAUACAGAACUUCUGUGGUUGAGAAAAUGUAGCGACAAAGUAGAGGGCUGACCAUCAGGUAAAAUGGUGAGUCUUCUUAACCCUUAGAUGCAUAGGUGGGUCAAAAAUGACCCGGUGAGGUUGUUUUCUUGCAAUACCUUUGUAAUUAAAAGUUGUUAUCAUUUCAUAUUCCAGCUAUUUUUCAAAAAACAUGUUAGUGAUAUCAUCCCAUUUAAAUUUUUUACUUACCUUACUAGGAAAAUUGUAGUUUUUGUAUUACUAACCCAAGCUUCCAUAGGUGGCUCAGAAAUGACCCACAUUCAUUUCCUAUUGAAUUUCAUGGAAAUUCCAUGAAAUUCUUAUCAACUGUGACUGUCAGGAAUAUAUAUUUUGUGGACCACAAGGAGUAUAUCAUAAGUGUCACCCCUGAAAAGUAGGAUUUUACACAGCAAGAUCUGAUACAUGUAAAUAUUAUCUUUUUUUUUACCUCAGAAAUGUGUGUGUGCGUGUCAUUCAUGACUACUGUGUGAAAGAGUGUGUUAUAAUUAUGUAUCAACAAAUUAGUCUACUUUAUAGUUAGCUAACACUAGCUAAGUAACUAAGCUAGCUAACGUAAGUGUAUGUACUGUGUGUGUGUGUGUGUGUGUGUGUGUGUGUGUGUGUUUUAUUCAUGACUAUUGUGUGAGAGUAUGUUUCUUAUCACCUAACAUCAAAUUUGCCUAUUUUAUAGUUUGCGAACAUAGCAAGCUAACCAAGCAUGCAUAUAUUGCUUGUGUGUGCGCUCAUGCAUGUGUGCAUUUAUUUAUAUAGACACACACUGAUCAAUAGGUUUGCUUGUCAUUCAAAACAUUCUCAUCUUUUUAUGUUUCCUCAUCCAAGGUUUCAUGGCUGCUAGGUUUACAGCUGAAAUGGUCCUACAGAUGCUGGAUGAAGAGGCAGUUACUUACCUGUUAAAAAUGCUUAAAAAGUAAAAAAUAAAAAUAUUUCACAAAUGAAA